AGAAAUACACUGGUCACGUGAUCUGUUUGCAAACAUCAUGGCGGCACCCAUUGCUACGAAGUGGUCAUGUAGAUCAGGUUGGCCUGCGUUACUCCAGAGGGUGGCAUGGGGCCCCCCGUGCCCCCCGUGCCCCCAGCAGUGCCCAGCUGGCCUCCAGCGUCCCCCGCACCGCUGCUUCUUCUGGAGGAAGUGGCACCACUCCCACAAUGUGGUGCGCCCCGCUGUGGUCCGACCUCCCUACGUCGUGCCCAAACACAUCCAGAGGCCUGACUAUGUGUCCUCCAGUUCUGUUCCUGAUUGGCCAAACUACAUCGAGAUUAAGGAUGAGGAGCAGAUUGAAGGUCUAAAGAGGGCUUGCCAACUUGCCAGACAAAUACUGCUUCUAGCCGGAAGAAGUCUCAAGGUUGGCAUGACGACAGACGAGAUAGACUUCAUAGUCCAUCAGGAAGCGAUCCGCCACAAUGCCUACCCCUCCCCACUGAACUAUGGGGGUUUCCCAAAAUCUGUCUGCACCUCCGUCAACAACGUGGUGUGUCACGGCAUACCAGACAGCCGUCGGCUUCAAGAUGGCGAUAUCAUUAACAUCGAUGUGACUGUUUACCUGGAGGGUUACCAUGGUGAUACCUCCGAGACCUUUCUAGUUGGUUCUGUGGAUGAGGUAGGGAGGAAGCUGGUAGAUGUGGCGAGACGUUGCCGUGACGAGGCCAUCGCCGCCUGCCGCCCUGGUCAACCCCUCUGUGUCAUCGGCAACACAAUCAGUGACACAGCUUAUACCCAUGGGUUCAGUGUAUGUCCCUACUUCAUUGGGCAUGGAAUCGGGUCUUAUUUCCACGGCCACCCAGAGAUAUGGCAUCAUGCCAAUGACAAUGACUUGCAGAUGGAGGAGGGCAUGGCCUUCACUAUAGAACCCAUCCUAAUGGAGGGAUCCGCAGAAUUCCGCAUCCUGAAGGACAAGUGGACUGCCGUCUCUGUGGAUGAUAAAAGAUCAGCCCAGUUUGAGCACACUGUCGUCAUCACUUCUGAUGGUGUUGAAAUUCUCACCAAGCUCCCUGAAGAAUAUUAGUGUGUGUGUGUGUGUGUGUGUGUGUUUUUUCUGUAUGCUUGUAUGUUUAUGUUUUUGCUAUUUGCAAGAAUGAUUGUGUGUGUGUGUAUUUGUAAAAUAAAUGUGAUGUGAUCUGGGAAAACAGUUCACAUGGUGCAAUUUUACCAAUUUAUGAUUCUGAUACCAUCCUAGCAACAUCCAAGAUUUUGGGAGGAUGGCAUCCAGGAUUUUGCUAGUGGACAGUGUCCAGAAUGUUGCUAGGAUGGUAUCAGAAUCUUUCACCAUUUCACAAGAGAGGGUUUAAAUGGAGCAAAAAUCAAGGAUUUUUGAGUGGACCAUGUGAAGGGUUUCCCUAGAUCGCAUCACAAAUGUGUCAGGAUGACUUAGGCAUUGUUUCUAAAACACUACACAGGGACACUGAGCUGAACUCUUCCUUGUAAGCCUGCAAUGUGAGAGUAAGUGUUAUUUAAGUAAAGUUUUGUCUUUCUUUAAAA